AUGAACCAAUUGCUGUUUGAGCGGUCGAUUGGGAACAUCGACCAGAAGCAUUUCGCCAGGCUACACACCAACAAGCUCCUCUACUCCUUCCAGGCGGCCCCGCAUCACCGCUUCGAUGGAGGUGAGCAGGGAGUAGCUGUCUACGACGGCGCCGCGCCUCGUGAUGGAGCCGCGAUCGACCAACGCCGCUCUAUCUGGGCUCACCAGCCUGGAGUCAACGCUUUGGCCCUUGAGCGCUUCGAAGGCCGUCUUCUCGCCUCGGGUGGUUCUGACGGCACGAUUCGCCUGUGGAACCUUGAACAGUGUCCCGACCCUCACAAAGCCCACAGCUACAAGCCGCUCGCCCAGAUCACCAGAGCGAGCGGCGGCCGGGCUGCUUCCAGACCGGGCGCGGUUACAGACGGCCAAAACCUCCAGCACCACCGCUUCGGCGUGACGCACUUGUCCUUCUACCCAUUUGACGCCAACGCCUUUUUCUCGUCCUCAUAUGACGAAACACUCAAGGUCUGGGCGACCGAGGGGGCCAGACUUUCGGGUUCUUUUGCGCUCGAGGCCAAGGUCUACUCUCACGCCGCCUCGCCCAUCGCGUCCCAUCUGCUCGUCGCCUGCGCCACGCAGAACCCAGCAGUCCGGCUUGUUGACCUGCGGUCCGGUGCUGCAGUCCAGAGCCUCAUGGCCGGCGGUCAGGUUGGUGCAGGCACCGGUGCGGUUCUCUCGGUCGCCUGGUCCCCGGUCCAUGAGCACGUCCUGGCCAGCGGCGCCGUCGACGGCACCGUGCGGAUCUGGGACGUAAGGCGGUCGAGCGCGCUCGUCGCUCUCCUCGAUCAGGAAGACAGCCUGGGAAUCAUCCGACGUCGACCGGAGCAGCUGAGAGGGCCACCGCCGGCUGUCAACGACUUCCAGGCCCGCGGCAUCCGCGCAUCGGCCAGAGCCCACGCCGGCCCGGUGAACGGGCUAACGUGGACGGACGACGGCGACUACAUCAUCAGCGCCGGGCAUGACAGGAAGAUACGUGUAUGGGACGCGGCGUCGGGCGCCAACACGCUGGUCAACUUUGGGCCGACGAUACGCAACGGUGGCCUGCUGAGCAUGAACAUGUUUACGUCCCCCACGGGGCUGAUGGCUGGGGGCGCGGGCCGCGAGCUCCUCUUCUGGCCCAACGAGAACGAGAUCCUGGUCCUGGACCUCCACGAGGGCACCGUAGUCAGACGUCUCAGGGCCGGCGCCAUGGUGGGGGGCGUCGCGGGCGUCAGAGGAGCGGGUCCUGCGGGUGAACGUGCCGUCAGGAACCGUGUCACUUCUCUGGUCUGGAGGGGGGCGGGUGGGUUUGGAGGUUCAUCGGGCGCCGUAAUGGGAGGCCGCAACGCGGCUGGUGGGAUCUACAGCGGGCACUCGGAUGGGCUCAUACGCGUCUGGAUGCCUGAGCUCGAUGGAGGGGAUCCAAUGGCUGAGUUUGGCGACGCCCUCGAGGACGAUGGUGAUGAAGGUAGGGAUAUGGCCGAGCAGGGCAGGAAGAGGAAGGCCGUCAACCAGGCUUUUAGGAAUCUUAUGGGUCAGCUGGACUAA